GCCAUGCGUCUCGUCUGGGCCUUGGCGGCGCUGCUCGCCGUAGCAGUCGCCACUCCCGCACACAAGAUCGUGUCGCUCCCUGGCUACGACGCACCGAUCGAGUUCGACCAGUACGCGGGUCACCUCUCGCUGCCGUCGAACGACCAAAAGAUGUUUUACUGGCUCGUCGAAGCCGCCGAAGCCAACGCGUCGACGGCGCCGCUCGUGCUCUGGCUCAACGGCGGUCCCGGCUGCUCGUCGCUCAAUGGCUUCUUCACGGAGCUCGGCCCGUUCGUCGUCAACAGCGACCUCUCGCUGACGCGCAACCCGUAUGCGUGGAAUCGCCACGUCAAUGUCCUCUUCUUGGAGUCGCCGUCCGGCGUCGGCUUUAGCACGCCUUUGCUCGAAGACGACGACUACAACGAUACAGUGACGACGGACCGCGCCCACGAGUUCUUGCGCGAGUUCUACGCUGCGUACCCCAUGUACAUGAACCGGGAUCUCUACAUCUUUGGCGAGAGCUAUGCCGGAAUUUACAUUCCGCUUCUCGUGCAAAAGCUGCUGUCCGCGCCGCUGGUUGGGGUGCAUUUGCGCGGCUUUGGCGUCGGCAACCCGUUCACGGACGCCUCGAUCGACGGCGGCGCCACCUUUGACUACCUCUACAGCCACGGCAUGCUCGCGCUCGAGACAUACAAGGCGAUCCAGACCUACUGCCCGCCGUCGCUUCUCGCUGCGUGCCUUGCGGGCACUGGGUGCACAGACCGCUGCGCGUUGGCGCUCGUCGACGGCUUUAUCGGCGCCGACGAAGCUGCCAUGGACCCGUACGACAUCUACGGCGACGUGUGCCUCCUCACGCAGGCGCGCCUCCUCGCGCCCAAAAAUGUUCGGCCGCUGCACCGCGGCGUCGUCGGUCCGUGCACGGCCAAGUACAUGACCGCGUACCUCAACCAGGCGUCGGUCCAGGCUGCGAUCCACGCCGAUUCGACGCAGGCCCUCGACUGGGCAAACUGCAACGCGGACGUCAACGCAGCGUACGACCGGACGCCGUCGGCGCUCCCGGCGUACGAAGAGAUCCUCUCGGCCGGCUUGAAGGCGCUCGUGUACAGCGGCGACACGGACGCCGUCGUCAACUUUAUGGGCACGCAGCGCUGGCUCGCGGCGCUGCAGCUGCCGAUUGAAGCCAAGUGGCACGCGUGGUUUGGCCCCGACCAGCAGCUCGCCGGCUACACCGAGCGGUAUACCAACGUGACGUUUUCGACGGUGAAAGGCGCGGGCCACAUGGUCCCCGCGACGCGACCGCUCCACGCGCUCUACCUCUUUGAGUGCUUCCUCUUUGGCGACGACGUCUGCAAGACCUUCUCGUAUCCGCGAGACGAGCUCGAAGAGCUUUCGGGACUGCAGGUCGUGCUCGACCAACCGUCGACGUCGUCGCCGUGGCGAUGGCUCGUGCUUGCCGUCGUCAGCGGCUUUGUGCUGCUUGGCACGGCAGCGUGCGUUUGCCGUCGGCGCCGGCGCCAGGCAUACGUCCCCCUGCGCGCCACCCGCUACUCGGCAGCGACAUAAGCACAAUCAACACGAUGGUAUUUUGGACAGAUUGAGCA